ACAGUCCGUUCGUAAUCAGGUGUCAUUAAGAUUUCGCUAACAACUAAAGUAAUAUAUUUCAGUCAUAUCCAACCAAACGUCAAGGAAUCCCAUUAGCUUAUUUUUUUUUCUUUCAAAAAGAACAAAAAGGUUUAUUAACUUUUAGGUUGUGUUUUUUUUCUUUUUUGAAUAUCCUCGGCUAAAACCAUGGCAUACAACCUGUUAACAUCAGCUCCAAAUCCUAUUCCUGACUUUGAAGAGGCUUUUCGAGUAAUUAAAAUCGAUGAUACUCAUUACAAGGGAGCACAUCCGCUUCGUCUCCCCGUCCGCGCUGGUCGUGGUGUCUAUGGUGGUCAUAUGAUAUCACAAUCACUCCUAGUUGCGAUUGAAUCUACCCGAGAUCCUAGCACCAACAAAGUGUUUAUUCCUGACUCAUACCAUUGUUUCUUUAUCGGUGCUGGUAACGACAAGUAUCCUGUGAGUUAUACCGUCACUAAGAUAUAUGACGACGAGUUUAUAAGUAGAAGAUAUGUCCUUGCCCAUCAAAACCAUAAAAACAAGUUGAAUUGUCUUGUGACGUUGCGGAAACCCGGCACCAGGGUUUUACACGAUAUUGAUAUCAGUGUUCCUGUUUCAAAGAUUCAAAAGAAGUACCCAGACCCCGAUAAGCUCCAUCAAAUCCAACAUACUGAUUUCGUGAGGAAUGCCUAUUCCAAAGAAUUUAUUGAUUAUCGAGAAUGUCCCGAAGAAAACAACCAGUAUGCCGCCGACAGAUGGCUCACGGUGUUCUCUGGUCUUAAAAACCAUCCUGAACCCGGAGCCGACCAUGUAUUUAUCGUGGAACAUUUACCCAAUUCCAAUAACGAGAUUGACGCCGUAGAAAAAUCCAUUCUCCGUCCUCACGAUACACAAUCGUUCCGAGACCCCAUGUUCAACUAUGUUGGAUUGGCCAAUCUUAGUGAUUCGGCAUUUAUUACUACUAUGCCUCGAAUCUUGCAUCUACCUUGGGAUCCAACGAUUGAGAGAACGGGUACAUACGACAGUUCGCGCGAUGCCCUUUUGUUAAUGAGGGCAUCUUUAAAUGUGUUGCAUAUUUUCCACUAUAAUGCCAUGAGCUUAGACCAUCACAUUUAUUUUCAUAAUGAUGAUUACGAACCCGAUGACGAAAGUACGUUUGAUGUAUGUAAGGAAUGGCUAACAUUCACAUAUCAAAUGAAGAGAUUGCUGAACAGUAGAUUGUUAUGCCGGGGUUACUUCUUUAACAAACAUGAGAAAUGCGUGGCUACUGUGAUACAAGAGGGAUUGGCAUUAGUGUAUCCUGGAGUAGGUGACACUGUAGACCACUCAAAAUUAUAGUACUUCUUACAUAUUAUGUAAUAAAAAUAGAUAUACCCUUUAGGUUACCU